ACCCUCUCUCGCCUCUCUCUCCGUCUGCGCGCUGGCAAACAGAGAGUAUUCCUCCGCGAUCGUAACAAAUAAAAAUAAUAAAAAAUUAUACUAGACUUAAGGGUAACCUGCACAUAGGCACAGCGCUGAAGCGAACCACCAGUGCAGUUUGUGCGUUUGUGAAUUGCUAAUCAAACGUAAUAUUUACUGAAUAAAAUAUAACGCGAUUUGAUUGGAACUACCUUGCUGUCAGCAGCAGAUAAUCGUGGUAUCUCAUCACAACAAACACUUGCGUGCGGAAAGGAAGAAAGAAGAAAUAGAAAUGGCGGAAAAAGGAGCUGACCAGACGGCAACUGGGGGUGGUCAAGAUGAGCCGGAAAAGGCGGCCCCAGCAGCCGAAUCCACCAAGGGGACAGAGCCCGAGAUGAGAGCCGUUGUCCUGCAGUCCUUCGGGGGUGUCAACCGGCUCAAGGUGAUGAAGAAGACCGUACCAAUCCCAAAAGAUGGCGAGGUACUCGUUCGAGUCAAGGCCUGCGGAUUGAACUUCCUUGAUCUAAUGAUGCGCCAAGGAUCUGUGGAUGACUGUCAGAGGACGCCAUUUAUCUUAGGCACUGAGUGCUCCGGCUACAUUGAAGCGCUGGGAAAAGAUGUCGAAGACUUCAAGGUUGGGGAUCGAGUUGUUGCCUUCCAGCGUAGUGGCUCCUUUGCGGAGGCGAUCGCUGUACCUACCAAGUUCGUCUACGAGAUGCCCAAUAAGAUGACAUACACGGAGGGUGCUGCCAUGGGUCUGUGCUACGCAGUGGCAUACAUGAUGCUGUACGAAAUCGCUAACUUGACCAAAGGGAAAUCGGUGCUGGUGCAUUCAGCUGGCGGCGGAGUGGGACUUGCUGUAGCUCAGCUGAGCAAGAUGGUGGAUGACAUCAAGCUAUACGGGACUGCAUCCGCAUCAAAACAUGAAGCCAUUAAGGAGAUGUUUGAUCAUCUAUUUGAUCGCACAACCUGUGACUACAUAGAGGCUGUCAAAAAAAUUGAUCCUAAGGGAGUUGAUAUUGUACUGGAUGGACUCUGCGGUGAAGACACUAACCGGGGCUAUGAUCUCCUGAAACCCAUGGGAAAAUAUGUCCUAUACGGAAUUUCUAAUGUGGUGACGGGUGAAACAAGAAGUUUCUUCAGCUACGCCAGAACAUGGUGGAAUGUGGACAGCGUCAAGCCGGGCAAGUUGUGGGAUGAAAACAAGACGAUGUCAGGUUUCCAGUUGUACCAUUACCUCUUCGAUCAAUGCGGAGAGGAGAAAGUUAAGAUCAUCAUGAAAGAAGUCUUCAAGCUACACACCGUUAAUAUUAUUAACCCUGUCAUUGAUUCCACGUAUGCCUUUGAAGAGGUUGGAGAGGCGAUGAUGAAGAUGCAUGACCAUAAGAACGUCGGGAAAAUUCUCAUCAUUCCUGAGCAAGAAGCAAAGCCAAAGCCUAUUGUACCAGAGACCAUUGCUUCCGAGGCCAGCAGCACAGAUGACGUCAAGGAACCAGAUACACCAAAGUAGAGCAUUCCAAGCUGUGAGCAUUCACUCGUUAUCCGACGAUGAAAGUAUACGAGUUUCGAGGAAUAUCGACAGUUCUAUUCAUUAUGAAGUAGGCCUACAUAUCGAAGCACACCAUUUGAAUUCUGCUACCCGAAAUCCAACUCGGAAGUCGAAGGCAGUUUGCCAUUUUACUCUAGGUAGUUUGCCGAUGCCCGGAUCUCUACCAGACUGCAAGGCAGCUUUCUUUGACUUUUACUCAGAACAUGGCAGACAGCGUUAUAAUAUUUUCUCGAAGAGAUAUUUUUUAACACAUGAACAGUUAAUUAUGAUUUGUACAUGGAUUAAAAUCUUCAUAAAAACCAACAGGCAUGAUAACUAUCAUCGCAUUGAGAUUUUAAUAUAAUUAUAACUGAGUCGAACAAAAGACGCAAUUCAUAAAUUAAUUUUCUGUGAACUAUCUCGUCAAUGACCGAUUAUAUUCUUAAACUUAUCGCAGAGCUAUACCCCUCCCCUUCCCAUUUAGACCCCUAAUAAAAGUGCAUGCGACGUCUUCAUAGUUUAAACAGCACAUAAAUAUUAUUAAACAUUAAUGUAUACAUUCCUUGAUUGCCAUUAUUCAUGGCAUUAAUUAAGAGCUAGCAGUGAAUUACAGUGCCAUAUCAAAGUGAUGUGUUAAAAUUGUUAUUGGUUGUCAUCUCGCAAGAUAUUCGGGGAACAUUUUACGGGGCCGACAAAAAACAAGUUGUCUGAAAGAGCUAGAUAUAACAUAAUAUGUGUAGCGCGCCGUACCGCCCGCUUAGCUUUGGGUUAGACUGUUAGUAUUCUUGAUGAACUGAAACCAAGAAAAGCGGAAUAUCACGUUACGUUACCUUACGUUACGCUACGUUACGUUACGUUACGUUACGUUACGUUACGUUACGUUACGAGUAUGAGAUAGUGACGUCUUUGACCAAGACUAGGGAUCUCUAGUGUACCGUUCUAGCCCCACAUUGGAAGCCUCGUUUUAUUCUUCGGUCCCUGCUUCGGAGGCGAUGUGUUUAGUCAUUCCGUUGACAUUUUAUUUCAGAAGAGAACCUUGGUUGUUCAAUGAUUAUCUGAAAUGUUUGUUUGUUUGUUUGUUUAUUUUUUAGUUUUUUGUUGUUUUUUGGUUGUUUUUGGCGUUUAGUUUAUGGUUUUUCUAAAGUGCUGGAUUUUAUAUUGGUGCCGCUUUUGUUUGUAGUAAUACAGUUGAUACGAUAAAAUAAAAAAUAUAAUAAUUAGGUCUACUUGUAUUUAUAAGAUGACAGCGAUUACUGAAUAAAAUAACAGUUAGUUUUGAUUCUCUUUAGGAAAGAACUUCGUGAAAAAGUGCUAUACAGGUUUCCAACAUUCCAUAAAAGCAUUGUCCACGUUGCCUUUAAUAUGUAUUUUUGCAAUUGAUUAUAAUGCCGAACUGUCAAUUCUUGCCUUUGAGUUCCAAGAUAGCGUUGUACAGGAAUUCUGCAAAAGCUGUCCGGUGACACUUUUGGUAGCAGUAGUGGGAUACCCCCUUUUACAUAGCUCCAUCUGAAUUGGUUGCUGCAAAGGGAUACUUAUCAGUGUAAAAGCAGCUUUGCAUUCCUAUGCCUUUGUACAUUUUUGGGGUCAUAUAUGGUCAUACAAAUCGCAGCAAAAUUGGUGGCAGAAGCGGGAUACUAUUCAAUGGACAAGGACUUUUCCUUAACAAGUCUAAAAUAUCUAAAACAUUUCUAAGUCAUACAGAGAGGUGCUAUCUUGAUUGCAUAAAUGGUGACAGCAGCGGGGUUCAUAUAGAACAGAUUUAAAAAUGAGUCAAUCGACAAAACCUUCACCUGCUAAAUUUAAAGGUCGACAGAACAUUUGUUUUUAAAAAAUUUCAUUCAUAUAACUCUUAUGCAUAAUGCAGUUUCAAAAAUACAGUACCAUUUAAUUGCCUAUUUAAUGCUGUAGCCAAAGAAAGAAUAGAAAUGCCUUCCACUUAAUUUAUCCUUCCAUUCAAAUGUUAUUCCAUGAUGACCUUAAUAAACCAUACAGUGAUCAUCUGAGAAUACCAGUCACUAUAAAAAUCAAAGUAAGAUAAACAUCAAAAGAAUGUCAAAGCUUAUCAAAAUACUGCUACUUUGCAAACUUUGAAAGUGUUACCGCCUUUUUCAAUGAAAUCCCUACCAACUGCCCAAGUGGAAUUUAUGGUGGCAGCGGUGGGAUACCAUAUUUAAAGAUAACCGUCGUGUGCCAUAGUAAGGCAAUAUCUGUUUGUUCCAAGGAAAUCCACAUCAGCUGCCCCAGAGGAAUUUAUGAUGGCAGAUGUGGGAUAACCUAAUCAAAGAUGACCACUGUGUGCCAUAAAGGCGAUGAGGAAAGUCAAGCACCACUGGCUAUUAUACUGCCCGGUAAAGCAAAACCAAUCGUAGUGAUCUAGACAAUUUUGAUUAGCUGAUCAGGCAAUGUCUUCUACAAGAAUGAUUAUAUUGUGAGUAUACUUGGUGCUUGCAAAACAGAGUAUUAAUAUGCACAUACAUGUACAUGUAAUAUUCUGUAUACAUGGUCUCAUCAGUUCUAGUCUGGACCUAAAUUUCUUAGAGCUACUUAUUUAAGCAGAACAUGUUGCUUAACAAGUUUCUGUUUACCAACGCCCUUACAAAAACAUUCUGUGAUAACUCCCGUGGUACUUGCUGUUACCAAACAAAAUAUUUCUUGUGGUACCCGAUGUUACCACUCAAAAUACUACAGGAAUAUGAAGUACCACAGGAACUCCUAACUACACUCGUGUGGUAAUGUCAAUGACUGCCUGUGGUAAGUUAGUACUUCCUGUUUCCCCCAAAAAUACCACAAGAAUAUCAAAUUCCACAGGAACUUGUGUGGUAAUGUCUACAGGCUGGCUGUUGUAAAAAUUAAUGAUAUUUCCAACAAUGAGCUGGAUACCAGUUGAAGCUACAUGUGACAUGGUUCUUUACCUGGUUACCUUAUUCAUUGGGGGCAUAGUUUUGUGAUUUGACAGCUGUAUGAAUUGGCCCUUACAGUAGCAGAACAAAUAAUGUGCUAAAAGUACUUCACAGGUAUUACAAAGAAAUAUUCCUUGUGCGUGUCAUGUAUAACUAUAAGUCAAAAUACAAAUAAUUUUUCGCUUGCACAGCAAGAGCAGAAAUGUGGUACUAACCCUAUGGGAAAGUGGGAAAUGGUGACAUCGAGUUUCUACGUUAAGCUGAGAUGAGAAAUUAAGCCAAAGUCCUUCAAAUACAAUUUAACAUAAAAGCGGAUAUUUUUAUGGAAAACUAAGUUUUGAAGCAGAUACCAUCAGGUGAACUGAGUAAAUAUAUUUUGAGAGGCAAAAAUUGAUUUAAUAUGAAUGAAAAGUGAGUUUCAAUAACACUUGAGAAACUCAGCAUGUCCAAAUGAUCAAACUUCACCAUCAUUGGUUGCAUAAAAUAUUACAUGUCACGUUGAACCAAUCACAGCAUCUUUGUCAUCACAUUUCAAACUUUAAAAAAAAACAAUAGCUAUUCAGACGGGUGAAUGCCAUUGUUAUCGUGAAAUAAAUCAAAAUUCAUCGAUUGAAUCAAAAUAAGAUAUUUUUCUAGUUGAACAGCCAGCUUAGUCCAAUACACGAAAAGGAAUAUUUGUAUAAUAUGAAAUACCAAGUAGAGAGAGUUAUAUAUUAUAUAGUUUUAUAGUAGAUAUCAAAAGUAUACAUAAUAGUGGUACUAUAUAUUUGUUCAAUCACACAAUGCAAUAUGAUCGUUGAAAUAAUAGGAUUUAAUAGUAGAAUGAUAUCUCUGUAUCCAGGUUGUGUAUUGUUCGUGAUAGCCAUUGUGUUAUACAACUAAUAAUUUAAUUUAUAGUUUAACAUCUGAUAACUGAUACAACACAUCAAGAAUCAGGAAUGUUGAUUAUUAGGGUCACUCUGUUAGCCAAUAAUCCCUUAAGGGCGUAAAGUGGUACCUGCGAGGGUAGAGGUUGAUGCUGUGUUUGAAAAAGCCUUUGGGUUGCCAGAGUGGCCGUUUACUACCCAGGAAGCUGGGAAAGAUUAAAGGAAUGUUAUUGGCCCAAUGACCAGGGCACUAAUGUAAAGAACAUUGAUAUGUUAUUGUAAAAUGUGCUAUAUAAGAACUAGUUAUUAUAAUUAUUACUAUAAACAAAAACGCACCUACAGUGAUCUGCAAUAUGGGAAAAAUAACGAAAUGAAUAUUGCCUAUAGCCCAUAAAUUAAAUUGAUAACUACAUAAUAGUCAAGAUAUGUUAUAAGCUCGCUGAUGAUAUAACAAUGUUGCUUUGCUGUAAAAGUCUCUGUAAAUAAUAUCAUGGCGAGUAAAAGGGGGGGUUACUGGAAAACAGUAUCUGCGAAUACGAAAUGUACUUCCAAGUUCCAACAGUGUUUGUGCUCAACUAUUAUUCAAAUAAUCAAAAAUGCUAAUUAAGACUACAUGCAUUUAAUAUCAGAAUACACUGCUGUAUUAUAAUAGCUACCAAGAAUUUAAGCAAAUUUGCUUACAACAGAUAAAUAUUGCAGAGCAGAAACUCAUUUGCAUCACUAUAUCAUAUAGCUACUAAGAAUAAGCAAAUUUGCAAACCACAGAGGAUAAACAUACUUAGCAGAAAUACAAUUGCAUGAUACAUGUAAUCUCAUAUUGCUGCCAAGAAUAAGUAAUUUAGCUAACAAUGGAUAAAUAUUGCUCAGCAGAAAUGAAAUUGCAUGACAAUCUUGGACUGCUACCAAGAAUAAGCAAAUGUUAUAACCACAUAUAAAUCUUGCUAAGCAGAGACAGGUUUAAGGCCGAAUAAAUAAUAAUAAUAAUAAUAAAAGGCCUGACAAUGUUGUCUUGGCUGAGCAAGACAUGGCCAGGGUACCAGUCACAGCAACAGUAACUGAAUGGUGAUCUGGCGAUUGUUAGCCUUUUUCAAAGCAAAUGCUUCUUGUGCUUAGCAAGUUUUAUGUGCUUACAGGCUUUAUGGAACUUGUUUAGUUACAAUGAGUUAGUGGUGUAAAAUCAAGAUGACCGCUCCAUGAUAUCUAUUAAUUGACAAGGUCCUCAAUAUAUCACUUGUUAUUUGUUGAUGUCACAAUGCCCAUUACGUUGCCACCAUUUGAAAGUAGUUUGACAGUCAUUGGCUGGCGUACAGUAGAGAUCAAUUUCAUUGGCAGCAAGGUUUUAAGUUAGGCUUAAAUUAUGAAAAUAAGCAACUGCAUUGAUCAGCCAAUCAGGUACACGUACCACUGCCAAGGCAGCUAUGAUUGGAUUGUUUAAAUGUAAAAGUAGUUUAGUGAUGAUGUUAUAGCGUAGACAGGUAAAACAAGUCAGAGAUAAUGUAUACAUAUAUACAUAUAUAUAAAGAGGAGAUAUGUUAUUGAUAUCGAAAUGUGUAAUUCCGAAGCAUGAUGAGAAAGAAAUUAAACUAAGAAAACGGGGAUAAAAAUAAAUAAAAAGUACCUGAAUAA